CUUUACAUUGAAACAAGAAUUUUAACAAUUAAACACAUUAUGAACAUCACUGACAUUUCUGAGCUUCAUUUGAAUCAUAAUCUUUUUUCAGGAAGUCAUCUGCGACUUGAAGAUGCUAUAGAGGUCAAGUGUACAGCAUCGCACUGGAAUAUAUCUGUCAACAUGAGUCUCCUGCAGAUGAUGUACCAUACAGUCAGACCAACUGAUCUUAUUUUAGGCUCGGGCAAAUGUCAAGGGCAUCUUGAUAACUCCUUUUUGCUUUUUCAACAAAGCUUCAACACGUGUUCCACCUCUGAAAAAUUUAAUACAGACAUGAAUAUUUACAAAAACAACCUAUUCUACAUUGUAUUUGAUCCUAUUCGUCCAUAUGUGGUUUUGAAACACGAGUGGACUUUUAUUGUGGAAUGUGACGUCAAUGCCAAUGAAGUAACGUCAUCGCACGUGGAACAUAUUCCGGAAGUACAUAAUGCCUCGUUUACAAGUUACUACCAAUUAUCUAUGACGUAUUUUAGUGACGUUAACUUUUUACACCGUAUAUCCGGAAAUCCCCUGAAGGUGGUACUUGGAGAAAAUGUAUUCGUUAAAGUAUACACUACAUUGCCUGAUUGGGAUACAAAAAUGAUACUAGACACGUGUUACACGAGGCCAUCAGGAACAAACACAUCAGCUAUGGAUGUCACGUUGAUAAAGCAAGGAUGCGAAGUUGACAGAAACACACAUAUCAUCUCACAGUCUACCCACGAAACAAGAUUUUUGUACAAAGAUUUCAAGUAUUUCAAUAACAAUGGAGGACUUGAUAUGUUUUGUAACGCAUCAUUCUGUCACACUUCCGACUUUUCCGCACGGUGUACCCAAGCCUGUACUCACACAGUCACGUGAAAUGGAUCAGAGUAAAAUCCCCAUAUGAAAUGUAUAUUUCUAAAUCUGAAAACUUAAAUUACUUUUAGUUUUUGACAAAAUAUAUAUCAAAGUUAAAAAUGUAGGUAUUUUGCAAAAUACGGCUCCAUAAACUGUUUUGUUUACGCUUUAAUUUAUUGUUAAGAUUUAUAUAAGAGACAUAUGAAACAUUCUUUAUGACGGUCAA